AUUGAUUCUUUGCUAUCGUCAUUGAUAUAAGAAUCCACUUGUUGAAAAGAAAAACCUAAAUUGCGACAUUGCUUGGAUUCCCCUUUUCUCUUCAAUCGACGACUUUGCUUUCUUCUUUCAAUUCUCUCUCUCUCUCUAGUUGUUUUGCGGUUUGGAUUUGAUUUAGAAGCUGAUAGUAAGAAUUUUCUGUGAUGGGUGGUCAAAGAGAAAGAAGUAGUUAUGGUAAGCGUCCUCGAUCUCAGUCUGAUUAUGAUGGCGGAGUAAAUAAAAGGAGGAAUGGAGGUGAUGAUAGGGAUCAGUUUGUGAUUGACAAGGAAGAUACUGUUUUUCGUUAUUUGUGCAUUGCGAGAAAGAUUGGUAGUAUAAUUGGUAGGGGAGGUGAGAUUGUUAAGCAAUUGAGGGUAGAAACUAAGGCUAAGAUUAGGAUUGGCGAGACUGUGCCGGGGUGUGAUGAGCGUGUUGUUACUGUGUAUAGUUCGAGUGGCGAGACUAAUGCUCUUGAUGAUGGUGGUAAGAAUGUGUCACCGGCUGAAGAUGCUUUGUUUAAGAUUCAUGAUAGAGUGGUUGCUGAGGAUUUACACAGUGAUCAGGAGGAAGAGGGCGGUCCUCAAGUGACUGCUAGGCUGUUAGUGCCGGCUGAUCAGAUAGGCUGUGUUCUUGGAAAAGGCGGGCAGAUAGUUCAGACCAUACGCAGUGAAACUGGGGCUCAGAUUCGUAUACUUAAAGAUGAACAUAUGCCUCUAUGUGCCUUGCGCUCGGAUGAGCUUGUGCAGAUUUCUGGGAAUGCCGCAGUUGUAAAAAAGGCCUUGCAUCAAAUUGCAUAUCGACUUCACCUUAAUCCUUCUCGAACUCAGCAUUUGCUUGCUUCUUCUGUUCCUGGCGCAUAUCAAAGUGGUGGUUCACUCUUGGGUCCAACUGCAGGACCUCCGAUUGUGGGGAUCGCUCCUCUUGCUGGUUCCUAUGGGGGAUAUAAAGGUGACACUGGUGACUGGCCACGGUCUAUGUACUCGGCUCCUAGGGAUGAAAUGUCACCGAUGGAAUUUUCAAUUCGGUUGGUUUGUCCAACUGGAAACCUUGGGGGCGUAAUAGGGAAAGGUGGUGGCAUAAUAAAUCAAAUUAGGCAGGAAUCUGGGGCAACAAUCAAAGUUGAUAGUUCUGCCAAAGGAGAUGAAUGCUUAAUAACCAUUGCAACAAAAGAGUUCUUUGAAGAAAAUUUCUCUCCAACAAUAGAAGCAGCUGUGCGUUUGCAACCUCGAUGCAGUGAAAAAAAUGAAAGAGAUUCUGGAAUUAUCUCUUUCACUACCCGUCUGCUGGUGUCAUCAUCAAGAAUUGGCUGUCUUAUUGGUAAAGGAGGAUCUAUUAUAACUGAGAUGAGGAGGCUUACAAAAUCCAACAUUCGCAUACUGUCAAAGGAAAAUCUUCCUAGAAUUGCUUCUGAAGACGACGAAAUGGUGCAGAUUUCAGGAGACCUUGAUGUUGCCAAAGAUGCUCUUGUGCAUGUUCUUACACGAUUGAGAGCAAACCUUUUUGAUAGAGAGGGUGCUGUCUCUGGAUUCCUUCCAGUUCUACCAUAUAUUCCUGCUCCAGCAGAUGCCUCAGACGGUUUUGGCUAUGACAGUAGGGAUGGCAGAAGACAUGGACGCGGGCAUUCAUAUUCAAGUGGCUAUGGAGGAUCAAGUGAUUUAGGAGCUGGCGACACUUAUGGAAGCUAUGGUGGUUCACAGCUUGCUGGAAGCAGUGCUUAUGGGGACUAUGAAAGUUAUUCUUUGGGACGGGAUAGUACUGUUUGGUUGCCCAGUCAGAACAAUGUUUCUAGGAGGAGAAACCAUGCUUACUAGAAUUUGGCGGGUCUCAACAGCCGAGAUGUGUGAAGCCCGCAGCCUGCCUACUGCCUAAACCAGAAGACCAGAUGAACCAGGAUUUGACAAAUUUAUGGCCUACCUUGAUGCAUCUACUUAAGAGGACCAAACUUAUGUGGAGCCUAUUAAAACCGCCAUGUCCAUUUUACCUUAAUUCCCCCAAGAACCUAUAUAGCUGGCUUGCCUAUGUUUGUUUAUUUUUUUUAUCGUUCUUGUUCCUUUGACUUUGAAACUAAAAACACUACAUAGCUAUGAUUUCCAGUUGUGUACUUUAAUUGCCGAUUGUGUUGACUAUUUCCCACAUUUCACCGUCCAAUCCAAUGAAGUACGAUCUUUUUGGUUA